AUGAAAGCUGCUGUUGAGCAAGCAGUCGAGGCUUCUGCAUCUCGACGAACUGAGAAUGCGGAUGAGGAUGAUCAUCAUCACGGCGGAGGAGAUCGUGAUGGUGACCGACGCGCCAACAGUGUAAAAGACCGGAAAUUCUCGUGGGCGAAGUUGCACCGAGUCGACUCCCUCAAUUUAGAAGCCAGGAAACUCAUUCAUGCGGAUGGAAUAAGGGUUGGUCAAGAGUUCCCUCCACGAGGAACAUUUGCGCUCUACUCUUUACUGUGUAGAUAUGCAAAAGUGAGCUUAAUACCGAAUCAUCAACCGGAGGACAGGGAGGUUUCUAACUACAGGCUGGAUAUACCUUCUCAACAUGUGAGAAGGUCUCAAAUGAUCAAAGAAAAACUCGAGAAAAGCAAUACUGCAAAAAUUUUGCUAUUACUUGCUAGCCUUCUUGGAACUUCAAUGGUGAUUGGUGAUGGGGUCUUAACUCCAAGUCUCCAUGCAUUUCAGGUCAAAGUCAAACCCUUAAUAAUUUAG